AAUUUGGGCGUCACAGAGAACCGCCUUCUUACGUGUUUUUACGUCAGCAGUGACCCACUGGUCUCCUUUGCUCAGGCGACCGCUAGCUAAUGCUGAACAUUAGUGCUUAGUACACAUCCCCCUACUCAUCGGUUCUGAACGCUUCCCCCCUGUUUAACCUAUUCAAGUAAACUGUGACAAUAUCGUGUUUUUCUGCAAGGGAGGCGAAACAUACACAUUUACACGCCGAGCAGAUGGCGUCCAUUUCAGCCCGAGUGAGAUAGACUUGCGGCUGAGCCUGUGAGGGAGCUCGGCGCAUGCCAAAUGGCGUAGUGCACGAGCAGAGAGGAAGUGGCGGGUUGAAGCAGGUCCGCACCUUUUCCGGUAACACCACACGGCUGCGACUGAACGACUUAGGAGGAAGAGAGAGGCACGAGCGAGCGGGGAGAAUCGACCAGGGAGAGAGGGGGUUGCCGCAGUAGCAGGGAUUGAAGAGAGAGAGGGGAGGACGGAAACUCGGAUGAAUCAAUGACCUUUUAAGUUUCCUAUUCGACCGCCCCGGUACCGAUACGAGGGUACCCGAUUGAAUACGGGAUUUGGGACCAUGGAGUCUUGAGAAGAAUACCGCGUCUGUAGUUCGCCUGGCGGAGAAGGGCGAGGGGGACAGCCGGCUCGCGCUGAAGGAGGAAGCCGGAACUGCCACGGGCUUGUAGAGAGGGCCUAUGCACAGAGGGCUGCCCUCGCUCUCUUUUUCUUAUUCUCUACAUUCCCAGUUUUCGGCACAAUUAUUUGACCGGGGGGUGGAUUUGGACUGUUUGACUGUCGCGACACUUGAAUGAAUUCGUUUCGUCAUCGGCUAAUAGCACAUCUUUACCGACGGGCGUUUUGAAAGCAACCCGUCUAGCUAUCCACACCCACUGUAGCAGACGUCUUGAAUUUAUUUUGUUGCACUUAAAGCCGUUACCAAAAACGGGACAUUCACUUGCCACUGUUGCCAGUGUUUCGGAUUACGGUUUCUCCAGAGAGUGAAGUGGCAGGCGGUCGAUUUUUUUGACCGUUUCAUCGAGUUGUUUGGAGUGGACAGCCUGACAGAUAGCCAGCCGGAGCUCCAGGAUAGCGCGCGGCGGCCGUGUGUCAAGACCAACACCUCGGUGACUGAUAUCUGACGGGGAUCCGCUAUCACGUGGAGGGAGGCGAGCUUGCAGUCCCAGCUUAAGUUUGCAUGCAACAUUUAACUGUAGCAUAAUAAAGUAGCUAGACGGCCCGGACCGCCCUUUCUCUGAAACAACAACAGCCUGAAGUCUACCCUUUAAAAGGGUUGAAGAAAACGCCAGCAUUUUUUAUUAUUACUACUUUUUUUACUUUACUUUAGGAAUAUUUGGAUAUUUAUGCCCAGGCAACAAGAUGGGGAAGAUGCUGUCAAAGAUCUUUGGCAACAAGGAGAUGCGGAUCCUAAUGCUGGGUCUGGAUGCGGCGGGUAAGACCACCAUCCUGUACAAACUCAAACUGGGCCAGUCGGUCACCACAAUCCCCACCGUGGGCUUCAACGUGGAGACCGUCACCUACAAGAAUGUCAAGUUCAAUGUCUGGGAUGUGGGAGGCCAGGACAAGAUCCGACCCCUGUGGCGGCACUACUACACUGGCACACAGGGACUGAUCUUCGUGGUGGACUGUGCCGAUCGCGACCGCAUUGACGAGGCUCGGCAGGAGCUGCACCGCAUCAUAAACGACCGCGAGAUGCGCGAUGCCAUCAUCCUGAUCUUCGCCAACAAGCAGGACCUGCCGGACGCCAUGAAACCGCACGAGAUUCAGGAGAAGCUGGGCCUCACGCGCAUCCGCGACCGCAACUGGUACGUCCAGCCCAGCUGCGCCACCACGGGCGACGGACUCUACGAGGGCCUCACCUGGCUCACCUCCAACUACAAGUCCUAAUCAGCACACCUGUACACACAAACACAGACACACCUGGACGCUCACCUCCUCUCAGUCCUAAUUGAUACACCACACACACACACACACACACACACACACACACACACACACACACCUGGACGCUCACCUCCAGCUACAAGUUCCGAUCAAUACACUUGGACGCUCACCUCCUCCCAGUCCUAAUCGAUACACCUGGAAACUGUCCUCCUCCUCUCACCUCCAACUACAAGUCUUCAUCAAAACAUCACCCAUACACACCCCUGGACACAUCCUCUCAGAGUCCUAAACAAUACAAUCACAGAUGCACACACCUGGACGCCUUCUUCUCCACACAAGCCCAUCACUGAUACACCACCUGCAGCAGGACCCCCCCCCCACCUCCUCUCACCAGCAUUUUGCAGUGUGGAUUCAAUUUCACUCUCUUAAACUUUGAAUGACGACUGUUAAUUCAACACUCGGAGAGUUGACUUUAGACAUGUGCCCGCCUGUAUCUGGGCACGUGGACUGUGGGUGGACUUUUCCCACCUGUUCUGGCUCCAUCCACCUCCAACUAUAAGUUCUACAAGUUCAUCAUCAUCCAUCAUCAUCAUCAUCAUCAUCAUCAUCAUCAUCAUCGGCUUCGCUAAUCACACAGCUGUAUCUGGCUGGCCCACCCACCACCUCACCUGCCCAUGGCCCGGUAUCUGCCCCCCACCACCACCCCUCACCUGGUCACAUCCUCUCAGGAGCCAGGCCAAGGGAGGGGAGGAGUGAGGGGUCCAGGGAAAGAGAGGGCAGGAGCAGGAGGACAGGAAAGGAAAGUGUCUAUACCACACCACACCACAGGAGGACAAGAAGAGAGAGGACAGGAGAGGAGAGGAGGGGAGGGGAGGAUAGGACAAGACGAGGGGAGGGGAGAGGACAGGAGUGUCUAUACCACACCACAGCCAAUUAACAAAUAACAAGACUUCUCCAAUCACUCUAUAUCAAAGAGAAGUGUAAUUGUCUCCCCCCUCUCUUGUUUGUGUCUUUUUUUUAUUUUAAUUUGUUUGUUUGUUUACCUCCUCGUUCGAUUCUGACAUUCUGUCGCUAACAGGAAAUUACUUAAAUCAUUUGUUUCCCCUUCGCUUUUGGCACUGUAGUCUUUUCUUAUCAUGAAUCUUAUUUUUUUUUGUCAUUACUCACUGAAUCUAAAUAUUCCAUAAAGUAUUAUUUUCAGAA